AUGGAAGAUGAUCUCAGGGGACGUAUGAUAGGCCAGGAAGAAGUUGAGACACUGCCUGUCCCCCAGCUAGAGAUUGAGCCCAAGCUACCAGUAGUUAUGGACAACUUAUUCCGGAGACCUGGUAACCAGCUAAGUCAAGGGUUCGGGUCAUUGUAUGAAGAGGCUUUCAUCCAAAAUCCAAGCAGCUCCCACAAAACAACGGAAGCAAAUAGACAGUUUGGACCUGUUAAUUCCGAUCAAGUCGUUGGCAUCAUUGGCAAUUUGCGAAACGAUUUGCUUGCAUCGAGGGGAUUUUUGCUUGUCCUGCACACAGAAUCCAAUUAUCCCUGGACUUGCCCAGUAGCCAAAGCUUCUAGGGCUUAUGAUUGA